GCACACAAAGACAGGGUCAAGGACGCAUGCGGCUGAAAUUUCCGUUACUACAACUGUUGUUGCUGGGAGCACCUGGACUGUCGUCGUUGGUGCUUGGUAUAGAUAAGCAUCCCAUCAAUCCUCUGACUUCGUCCCUUUUUAUUUCGAGUACGGUACACAAUGGGAGGUCGACAGCGCGAGACCUCCGGCUCUUCAGCACUGCAACGCGAUCUUCCCUCUCAGUUGCAUCCAUCAAAUUAAAAGUGUGUCAGUUAGCGGCUCUUACAGACAGGGGUAAGCUUCAAGACCCCUUGGUCAGUGAUGAAGGUCUCUACGCUGCUGAAAGAGAGACAAUGGUGUCCCUACUAGAGCUGUUGAUUGCUAAGGGACGUGAGAGGAAGCAAGCGAUGAGCCCGGUGCUCUUGGAGGGAGAGUGGGAGCUGGUGUACUCGACCAAGCAGCUCUUCCGUUCGUCCCCCUUCUUCCAGGCUAUUGAGCGCGCCUACGCCGAUCCCACAAAGUCUGAGCUCUUCUUCAAGCUGCACGAGCUCCAGACCUGCUCCUGGGGCGCUUCGCAGAUCGGGCGCGUGGCACAGACCAUCGAUCUGCAGGCCCAGACCCUCCUCUCCUCCUUCGACACGGUCCUCUUCCCCCUCACCACCAUCCCCCUCAUCGGUAAGCCGCCCGCCCCCCGGCUCCUCCGCCUCCUCGCCCGCCCCAUGCCUCCCUUUUUCCCUCCCUUCCUCCCUCCCUCCCCUCAGGCUGGUUCAAGCUCCUUCCUACCUUCGGAGGCCGCGUCGAUUCCCUCGCCGACGGUUCCCUGUGCCCUCCCAUCCCAUCCCUCUCGCCAUCACCCUCCCAACCCAUCAUGCCCUGUUCCCUCUCAGCUGACGGUCUCGGAAUCCUCGCAAGGGACCGCAUUGCGUCUGGAGUACGCGGUAGCCAAGACUUCCUUCAAGAGGUGA